CCAGGAAGGACAGGCAUGUCAUCUCUCUUCACUGGAAAAGUCCUGAUAAGGAACAACAGUGAGGGGGAUGAGGUGGACACACAGCAAGAGCUGAGCCUCAGGCUGGACAACAGGGUGCUGCUGCUGUAUUUUGGGGCUGGGGAGUGCCCUCAAUGCCAGGCCUUUGCCCCCAUCCUCAAAGACUUCUUUGUGAAGCUCACAGAUGAGUUCUACGUGAACAGGUCCUCACAGAUUGCACUGGUAUACAUCUCCCAGGACCAGACUGAAGAGCAACAGGACACAUUCCUCAGGGAUAUGCCCAGGAAGUGGUUGUUCCUACCAUUCCAGGAUGAGCUGAAAAGGGACCUUGAGCAGAUGUUUGCUGUAGACCAUGUCCCCAUGGUAGUUGUGCUGAAGCCUAAUGGUGAGGUGCUCACCAGGGAUGCUGUGGAAGAAAUUGGCCGACUUGGGCCUGCCUGCUUCUGGAACUGGCAGGAGGCCUCUGAGGUCAUAGACCGAAACUUCCUAGCUGCUGAAGAUUUUGAUGACUUGGCACCCAGGAGCCUCACUGACCCCAUCCGACGACUCAAAUAUAAGAUUGAGAAGGAGAGUUCGAGAAGCCACACCUCACAAGAUGGGCCUCCAUGUCCCUAUCUCUCCUCUGCUCCUUUAAAGUUGAGUAAGAAUGCCAAGUUCGGUUUACCUGAGAUGCCAUACAGACUAGAAGCCUCGUAG